GAAGUCAGCUCUAGAAAUGAAAAAAAAAUAUAUAUAUAUGUUAAUUAGUAAUGUUUAUACGAUGACAAUUAACAUUCUUAUAUACGAGUAUCGUUAUCAGUGAUGCCUGAAGGUAAUAUGAAAAGCAACAAAACAGAAUGAUUCCAGUAAAGAAUUGACUUUCGGAAAGUAAGUUUCGAAGACAAGUGGAUAAAGCUAACGAGAGAAUAUUAAUUAUUCUAAUUCUUUUUCGACGGUAUUAAGCGUUACCGAAUCUUGUAAGAUAUUUGAAAUUUUAAGAUUUUUAAUAGUGCGAGAAUAUGAAUAAGGACGCAACUUGCCCGAAGCAGAAUCCUAAGGAGACUGCGAAUAUCUUUAGUCGUAUAUUUCUCUGGUGGACGCUAGACUUAUUUAUAAAAGGUGCGAAGACUGAUUUGGACGAAUCUGACAUUUAUCAACCUUUAAAAGAAGAUGAAUCUGAAAAAGUCACAGAUCAUCUCGAAAAAUACUGGAAUCGCGAAUUGGAAAAGCUAAAGAAUUUGGAAUUUACUGUGAGCAAAGACGGACAGAAAGUGCCGUUGAAAAAGAAUGCUCGUCCAAGGCUGUACAAGGCACUUUUCCGCGCCUUCUGGUUGCCAUAUGCCAUGAUCGGAAUUUUCUUAUUUAGCCAGGUAUGCGUGUUGCGCCUUUUCAUACCGAUUCUGCAGGGUUGGAUCAUUAACUACUUCAGCAGUGAAUCGAAAUCGACGGAGCAGAAAAACGAAACAAUGAUUUAUAUUGCCUGUUUAGUCUUUUGCAGUUUCAUUAACUCUAUAUCGGCAAAUCACAUCCAAUUAAUGUCGCAACAAGUCGGCAUGAGAUUACGUGUUGCCUGCAGUUCCCUCAUUUACAGGAAGACAUUGCGGUUAAAUCAAACAUCUUUAAGCCAAACUGGUGCUGGACAGAUUGUAAAUCUUCUCAGCAACGACGUCAAUCGUUUCGAUCUAUUAACAAUGUUUCUGAAUUAUAUAUGGCUUAUGCCUAUUCAGAUUUUAAUCGUGGGAUACAUAAUGUGGCAAAAAAUCGGUAUCUCUUUUCUUGUUAGCAUCGGAUUACUGUUGAUUAUCUGCUUACCGAUUCAGGGAACCUUCAGUGUGUUAAGUCGUGACAUUAGAGCUAAGAUCGCGCCAUUAACUGAUCGAAGGGUGCAGUUGAUGAAUGAGCUAAUAGCCGGGAUACAGGUGAUAAAAAUGUAUGCCUGGGAAAAACCAUUCAGCAAGAUUGUAUCGAUGACGAGAGCGCUGGAAAUCAAGAAGAUUAAAUUCUCGUCAUACGUGCGGGCUGCAUAUCUGGCCAUUAUAGUGUUUACCGAGAGGCUUCUCCUUUACUUUACCUUAAUGACGUUCGUAUUAUUGGGAAAUAAUAUGAGCGCAGAUGUGACUUAUGUUCUGGCGACAUAUUUCAAUAUUCUACAACUCACCGCGGCUUGUUUCUUCCCGCAAGCCAUUAUAAUAUUAGGCGAAACGAUGGUGUCUUUGAAUCGAUUGGAGGAUCUUUUAAUGAUGGACGAAGUGAAUAUGGAACACUUCAAGGAAACAUCGCAUUUGCAAAUUAAAGAUAAAAAAUUCAACAAAGUGGUCGCUAUGAAUAAUCAAGCGGACAUCUUCAACAAUAAAACUUCCGAGCAAGAAUCCUACUCCAACUGUCCAGUUUGCGUGAAGCUUUAUCACGUCUCAGCAAACUGGAUCACCGGUCAACUGCCACCGACAUUGUGCAACAUUUCAACGAUUAUUGAGCCGGGCAAGCUGUGUGCCCUGGUCGGUCCAGUGGGAUCUGGCAAAUCUUCCGUGCUUCAUCUGCUGCUAAAAGAGCUGAACCCCGGUGCAGGUUCCGUUAUUUUCACGCAAGACUCGUCGCAAAAUAUUUUUCGCAAUAAAAUGCUUAGCGGUUAUCUCAUGGACAACCCAAAUCUGCGGAUCUCCUACGCUGGACAAGAACCCUGGCUCUUCGGAAGCACCGUGAAGGACAAUAUUUUAUUCGGUCAAGCCUUCAACAGGGUCAGAUACGCUGAGGUGACAAAAGUAUGCGCAUUGAUUAAGGACUUCCAACAGUUUGCGCAGGGAGAUAUGACGAUAGUUGGUGACAGGGGAGUGUCCCUUUCUGGAGGUCAAAGGGCACGAAUCAAUCUCGCGAGGGCGGUUUACAGGCAAGCUGAUCUUUAUUUGCUCGACGAUCCUUUGAGCGCGGUGGACACUCAUGUCGCCAAACAUUUGUACAAAAAAUGUAUCACCGAGUAUCUCCGCGAAAAGACGAGGAUUCUUGUCACCCAUCAAUUGCAAUUUCUAAAACGUGCAGACCACAUUAUCGUGCUGGACCGGGGUUUCGUAAAAAUGCAAGGAAGCUAUAAAGACCUGGUAGAAUCAAACAAAGAUUUUAUUGAGAUGAUGGAUAACUUAGCGGCAAGCCAUGAAACUCAAAAGCAAGAGGACAACGCGAGAAGAAUCUCGGAAAUGUCUUCGAGCAACGUGAUAUUUAGACGUCCUUCGCAAUUAUCGGUCACAAGCUCUGUCGUUUGUUCGGAAGUCAUCGAUUCGGACUACAUGGAAAACAAUCAGGAAGGUGAAGCGAUGCUGAGUGGUCGAGUAUCCGGCAAAGUGUACAGAGAAUAUUUGCAUUACGGCGGCAACUACUUUGUUCUAUUUCUGCUGUUGUUUAUAUUCAUCAUCAGCCAGAUAGCUACCACUGGCAACGAUUACUGGGUUUCGUACUGGACUAAUAUGGAGCAGUUGAGGCAAAGCAUAGGCACUCCCGACGCCGAAAAGAUCAGUGAAAAAUACAUGUAUAUGCGCAACGACAGUUUCCUGGCGUCGAUCUUUACGUUAAAUUCUGACGGUCUGAUUAGCACCGUAGAUGCUAUAUACGUUUAUACAGCCUGUAUUCUCAUUUGCACCGUCACUACGCUGCUCCGCAGUUUCCUCUUUAUGAAGAUCUGCAUGAACUCGAGCAUCAAUCUGCACAACACUAUGUUUUCCAAUCUAUUGCAAGCGCGCAUGUCCUUCUUCCAUACUAAUCCUUCCGGACGAAUAUUAAACAGAUUUUCAAAGGACAUUGGCACAAUAGACGAACUGCUACCCAAAAUAUUGUUAGAAGCACUUCAACUGAAUACCGUUUUAAUUGCUAUAUUAAUUAUGGAUGUCAUACUUAAUAAAUGGAUGAUAAUAUCGAUAGUAAUAGUGGCUAUUUCAUUUAUUCUGAUGACAAAAUUCUAUCUCAGAACCGCUCAAAGCAUGAAACGCCUCGAAGGAAUAACCAAGAGCCCGUUGUUUUCACACAUAAACGCCACAUUAAAUGGUUUGCCGACAAUCAGGAGCCACGGUGCUGCUAUCGAAAAAAUGAUGCGAAAAGAAUUCGACGCGUUGCAAAAUACUCACAGCGGUGCGUGGUAUCAAAUUUUGGCAUGCACGACUGUCUUCGGUCUCAUUCUGGACACAAUCGCGUGCUUAUUGAUCGUCAGUCUCUGUUAUUCUUUCAUACUGAUAGAUGAAACUGACAAUGUAUCCGGCGGCGACGUAGGUCUGGCAAUUUCUCAAUCACUGAUUCUGACCGGCGCUCUGCAAUAUGGCGUUAGACAGAUAGCCGAGACUUUCUCGUUGAUGACGUCUGUAGAAAGAAUCUUUCAGUAUACAAAUCUUCCCGCAGAAUCAACUAAUGUCUCGGAUCCUCCUCCUCCGCCCACGUGGCCAUCUCAAGGAGGAUUAACGUUCAAGAAUGUCAGCCUAAAGUACAACGAAAACGAUCCGUGUGUCUUGAAGAACCUAAACGUGUCCAUCGAGCCUGGUUGGAAGGUCGGUGUUGUAGGACGAACUGGUGCCGGCAAAUCUUCAUUGAUCUCCGUUCUCUUCCGACUGUUCGACGAAGGUUUGAUGGGUGAAAUCAAAAUUGAUGGCCGAGACACGAGCACGGUAGAUCUGCAGGAAUUGCGCUCCAAGAUCUCCAUCAUACCUCAGGAACCAGUGCUCUUCUCCGAGAGUUUACGCUACAACCUGGACCCGUUCAAUCAGUACGACGAUGUGAAGCUGUGGGAGGUGCUUCGGAUGGUCGAGCUAAACGAAGUCAGUCUGAACCACAACGUUCUCUACGGUGGCCAGAACUUCAGCGUCGGUCAAAGGCAGCUCAUAUGCUUAGCCAGAGCGAUCUUGAGGAAUAAUCGCCUGCUCGUCCUCGACGAAGCUACGGCCAACAUCGAUUCGCACACCGAUGCCUUAAUUCAAAAUACGAUAAGAAGCAACUUUAAAGAUUGUACUGUCAUCACGGUAGCGCAUCGUUUGAACACAAUUAUAGAUAGUGACCGUAUCAUCGUGAUGGAAAACGGAUACAUCGUGGAAUUUGGCUGUCCAUAUGAAUUAUUGCAUGACAAACCAGACGGCUACUUCAAACAAAUGGUCGCGAAGACAGGGAAUGAAAUGGCGCAGAAUCUUUUGGAACAGGCGAAAAAAGCCUGUCAGAAAAACAAUAAUCGAAAUUUGGAUCUGUCGGAGCAAAGUUCCAGCGAGAACGAUAUUAUAAUCACAGAACAAUCCAAACUGUAGAUUUAUUCGUAUACUUACAUAUAACAGCGUUUUUCAUUCAACGAAACUGCAACUAUUGUGUGAGAUGAUGAGAUGAUCUACUUACCUUGGUCACUUUAGAAUUAAUAUAUAAAUCGUUACAUAUUAUUGUCAUAUCAUUAUAAGAUAAUUAUAUUAAAAGAAAUUUAUAUUAUUAUUUUCUGAUUUUUAAGCAACUUCGAAUCUAGAUCCUUCAAUUUUGAUAAAAGAAUAAAUAUCAUUUGAGGAAAUCUAAAACAUUUUAUAAUUAAU